GUCGGAGGUGUGGCGGAAGUGGUUGGGGAGUGAGGCGCCGGGGAGGGGGCGGUUCGCGUUCUACUGCGGAGCCGGAUGUUUGCCGAGCUUUGACAGGCGUGGCAGAGGGAGCAGUACCCGACCACGGUUUCUCUUCAGGUUCUGUGGAGUGAAGCUGUGGGGGACAGGCCUGGUCAUGGACCCGCUUUCAGAGUUGCAGGAUGACCUGACCUUGGAUGACACUAGCCAGGCUCUGAACCAGCUGAAGCUCGCCUCCAUUGAUGAGAAGAACUGGCCCUCGGACGAAAUGCCCGACUUUCCUAAGUCAGAUGACUCCAAAAGCAGCUCCCCGGAACCUGUCACUCACCUGAAGUGGGAUGACCCUUACUACGACAUCGCCCGGCACCAGAUUGUGGAGGUGGCAGGGUGUGAUGAGCCUGAGGGGGCCCAGCCAGGAGAUGACAAGUAUGGGCGGAAGAUCAUUGUGUUCAGUGCCUGCCGGAUGCCUCCGAGCCACCAGCUGGACCACAGCAAACUUUUGGGAUACCUGAAGCACACGCUGGACCAGUACGUGGAGAGCGACUAUACGCUGCUCUACCUGCACCACGGCCUGACCAGCGACAACAAGCCCUCGCUCAGCUGGCUCCGGGACGCCUACCGCGAGUUUGACCGCAAGUACAAGAAGAACAUUAAAGCCCUGUACAUCGUGCACCCCACCAUGUUCAUCAAGACCCUGCUCAUCCUCUUUAAGCCCAUCAUUAGCUUCAAGUUCGGGCAGAAGAUCUUCUAUGUCAAUUACCUGAGCGAGCUGAGCGAGCACGUGAAGCUGGAGCAACUGGGAAUCCCUCGCCAAGUGCUCAAGUAUGACGACUUUCUCAAAUCCACACAGAAGAGCCCUGCCACCGCUCCCAAGCCCAUGCCGCCACGGCCCCCUCUGCCCAACCAGCAGUUCGGGGUCUCGCUGCAGCACCUCCAGGAGAAGAACCCAGAGCAGGAGCCCAUUCCGCUUGUGCUCCGGGAGACCGUUGCCCACCUGCAGGCCCACGCUCUCACCACUGAAGGGAUUUUCCGGAGGUCGGCCAACACCCAAGUGGUACGGGAAGUACAGCAGAAGUACAACAUGGGGCUGCCAGUGGACUUCGACCAUUACAAUGAUCUGCACCUGCCCGCGGUCAUCCUCAAGACCUUCCUCCGGGAGCUUCCUGAGCCCCUGCUCACCUUUGACCUGUACCCCCACGUCGUGGGCUUCCUCAACAUUGAUGAGAGCCAGAGAGUGGAGGCGACGCUGCAGGCACUCCGGGCGCUGCCUGAGGAGAACUACCAGGUGCUUCGUUUCCUCAUUGCCUUCCUGGUGCAGAUUUCUGCCCACUGUGACCAGAACAAGAUGACCAACACUAACCUGGCUGUUGUCUUCGGCCCUAACCUGCUGUGGGCCAAGGAUGCUGCCAUCACCCUCAAAGCCAUUAAUCCCAUCAACACGUUCACCAAGUUCCUUCUGGAUCACCACGGGGAGUUGUUCCCCAGCCCUGACUCCAGGGGCCUCUGAGCUCUGCCCUGCUGCCCCUUCUCGGAGAGCCCCAACAGGGACUCUUCCUCCUGGCUUCAGCCUUACGGGAGCGUGGGGCUCCUGCCCAGGAAGGGGCCGUGAGGCCCUGGGACCUGGAAGCUGGGGCCAGCCAACUGGGCAGCUCUUCCUCCCACUCUGUCCAGCCCUCCUCACCAGCCCCGGAGGCCGCGCUGUAACUACGGGACAUUAUUCUCUGCCUUAUACUUCUCACUGCCUCCUUGGAUCCCUGGCUCCUAGCCAGGCUCUGCAGCGCUGGCCUUGGCUCUUCCAGCGGGAAGAAGACUGGCCCCAGCAACUGCUUCCCCACUUUCUCCUGCCUCUCCUGCCUCUCUUCUCCUGGCUACUGCGGAGGCCUAACUCCCUGCCAGCUGGGCUGGUAGCUGGGCCUGGUCCUCCCCUUCUGGCCACUGGGGAAUAAGCAGCUGAGCUGGGCUGGCUUGGGCCCGCCCUACUGAGGCACCUCCCUGCCUGGGUGAAGGCCUGUGUGCGACCACCUGCUCCUGUCCUCCCCUCUAGAGGUUCAGCCUUGGGUGUUGACAUGGCUAAGGACUGGCAAGGCCGGAGUCUGCUUCCUGCUUCUGCCUGCUUCUCUUGCACACAUCCUGGGUCAGCCCUUCUCAAGUGAUACUGCCCCCAGGAUGUCCCAACCCCCUGGUUCUGCCAGGACUGGCAGCUUGGAUGAUAGGGUUGAGCCCAGCAUCCAUUUGAAACAGUCACUCCAUUCCUGCCCCAAAGCCCCCAGUGUCUGGUUGGGCCAGUGACAGUCUCAGCCCCCCAUGCCUUGCCUCCCCUCUCUUCCCACUUGCACAGAUCCUCAGCCUAAUUGUGGACAGAUCUGUGGUGGGGUCACAGAUCACACUAGUCCCUGCUCUGGCUGGAAGCGACUCAGUGCCUCCGGACCUGUGGCUUCUUCCUCCAGCUAGUGACUCCUCAAGAGGCUGAGCAGAGACCUUGCUAAUUAAGUUAACCCCUGCUGGGGGAGUUCUAGCAACGUCCCCCAGGGUCUCUGGGCCCCAGGGCCCUGUCAUCUUUCAGAAAACCUGGACAUGGAUGAUUGGUACUCAUUCCCACUGUGUUCCUUAGAAUUACACACCUUCCUGGUGAACGCUGGGGACCCCACUUCCUGCAGCCUUGUCCCCUGGCAGCAGAGGGAAGUACCUGCACAGUGGCCCUGCCCCCCUAGCCUUGUCCAGAGCCUGUACUGUGGGGGCCCUCAUGGACCAGCCCAGACCCAAUCUGUACUGUGGGUGUGGCCUGGGCCCUGACCUCACUGGGUUCUCCCCCCAGGACGGUAGCACGUCAGGACUCCCGUGGGCCUGGAGUAGCUGUUGGUUCUGUGUGGCUCCCUGCGUCUCUGGCCUGAGUCAGGCUUCUGCUUUCUGUCCUCCUUUGUCUAUCAGGUGUUCUGCACAGCCCCAUUUACUGGGGAGCCUCGUAGAUCUCUCUGAUCUUUCUCGUGUCCCCUGUCCCACUGGUCUUACCCGGGGGAGGGGGAGAGUACUGUGAAUCAAGUGUUCACAUUCACGCUUAGUAACUUCUAGGCACCAAUCAUGUAUUUCAUCUUUGCACUUUUUGUAUUUCAAUAAAAAAGGAUGAUGGAA